AUGCAGUCUACCCAACGAAUCAAGCUCGGCAUCCUCGUGCCCUCCUCGAACACAUCCCUCGAACCUCUCACGCAAGCCAUCAUAUCGAAGCUUCCCAAUGUCAGCGUACACUUCUCCCGAUUCCCAGUCACCGAGAUUGCACUGUCCCCCAAAGCCCUCGCCCAGUUCGACGACAGCAAGAUCCUAGCAUCAGCUUCCUUGCUAGCAGAUGCCCAGGUCGACAUCAUCGGCUGGAGCGGUACCAGUGCUGGAUGGCUGGGCCUGGACGCAGACCGUCGACUCUGCCGGAGAAUCACUGAGACGACUGGCAUCGAGGCUACUACGAGUGUCCUUGGGCUGUGUAGUAUCUUGGACAAGGUAGCAAGAGGUGAUGAUGGGAGAGCUCGCUUUGGACUGGUCACACCAUACCUUGAUGACGUACAGGCGAAGAUCUUAGAGACGUUCCCGGUAGAAGGAUAUGAUGUUGUAGCUGAGUCGCAUCUCGGCCGAACUGUCAAUGUUGAGUUUGCGGAGGUCAGCGAAGAGACUCUGGACAAGCAGAUGGCUCAAGUGAUGGGGAAGAUGGGUGAAGAGCCAGUGAAAGUCGUGUCGAUUUUUUGCACAAACCUGAGAGCUGCUCAAAGAGUUCAAUACUGGGAGGAGCAAUACCCUGGCCUAAUCGUGGCAGACACUGUUGCCACGGUGGUGUGGCAGAUGCUCAAAAUGCUGAAUGUUGAUCAAGCAGGGCUAGAGACCUGGGGCAAGGUCUUCACAGUAUGA